UCCUCCAAGAACACUAUUAUUUCCCAAAUCGUCAAAGCGAUAACCAAUGGCAAUGGCGGUGGAGGAGAGCACCGCGCCGGCGCGCUUCUCGCCCUCGUCGCCUCCCACAGUCGGGACGCUCCUCACCAGGGCCUCCGCCGCUGGCCCGCCCCGCGGCCGCGAUUGCUCCUCGCCGCGCUCGCUGCUGUCGCGCAUCCUCCACAGGGGCCGUCGCGGCGGCGGCGGGUUCGGGUGCCGCCUGCGCCUCUUCCCACGCUACUGCUCCAGCGUCGCGGCGGCCAAGGAGGACGCCCACGCCACCGCGAAUGAGGAACAUUUAAGGGAGGCGGCCGCGCCCAAGGUGGUGGGAGACCAACUGGCGCUUCGCGAGUCGCCUAGGAGUUCUCUUGCUGGGAAGAAGGCCACGGCGGCGGAGGACGCGCUGCCGGCGAGCCUGGGUCUGGGCGCGAGCCUGGUCCUGCUGCUCUCCAAGAGCGCCGCGGAGCUGAGCAGGAUGGCCGAGCUGCGCGCCCAGAUGGAGCGGCUGAUGCUGGACGUCAGGGCCGACGCGCGGAGCUGCAACGGCCGCCCCAGCGGGUCCGAAGGCCACACCGACGGCGCCAGUGUCGUCAAGGGGCCCUUCGUCCGCGCCGGCGACGAUGAGGGCGCCGUGCCCCAGUCCGCGCCGGCGAGCCGCGGGACGAGCGAAAACGCGGGGCACCGUGACAUGGACCGGAUGGAAGCCGAGCUUGAGGCGGAGCUGUCGCGCUUGCAGCAAGCAUCGAGCGAUGAGGAGCACGCGAGUCCUUGGCGUGAUCGUGAACUCGAGACGGAGGCCAAGAGCAGUGCCUCUUCGAGGAGCCACUCGGCGAUCUGCUCCGGCUCUGACGACGACGGUGUCGAUGAGGACGGAGCAACGGACAGCGACAGCGACGGGAACCAAGACAACGACAACGAGGAGGAGGACGAGCUCGACGCUGAGAGCAACGGGAAGAGCCCGCCUCACGGCGGCGUGUCGGCACGCGAGCUGGAGCGGAGGCUGCACGCGCUCCUGCAAUCGCGACACGAGGCGCGGAUCGCGGAGCUGGAGUCGGCGCUGGAGCGCGCGCGGCGGAAGCUGCGGGAGACGGAGCGCGAGGCGUCCCGGUGGCGCGACACCGCCAAGCUCGCCACCCGCUUCACCGACGAGUCGAGGCUCAGGUAGAACGAGGACAAGAAGAACCCGCCCCAUCUCGCACGCCCGUGCCGUGCGCACGGAUCGCUUCUCUCGAUGCCUGUAUUGUAUUGUAGUCCAUUACGCAUCCCGCGAGAAAUUUCA